CCUGGUUCACGACUCGACUGACCGAAUUCACCAGCACACCAACAACUCGUCAAAACAACAGUAAUUCAAAAUGACUCGCUCUUCGGUUCUCAACGACGCUCUCAACUCGAUCAACAAUGCCGAGAAGAUGGGCAAGCGUCAGGUCCUCAUCCGCCCUUCCAGCAAGGUCAUCGUCAAGUUCUUGACUGUCAUGCAGAAGCAUGGAUACAUUGGAGAGUUUGAGGAGGUCGACGACCACCGAUCAGGAAAGAUCGUUGUCCAGCUGAACGGAAGACUGAACAAGUGCGGUGUCAUCUCGCCCCGCUUCAACGUCCGCAUCGGCGAUGUCGAGAAGUGGGUCACCAACCUCCUUCCCUCGCGUCAGUUCGGAUUCAUCAUCCUGACCACCUCUGCUGGAAUUAUGGACCACGAGGAGGCCAGACGGAAGCACGUUGCCGGCAAGGUUUUGGGAUUUGUCUAUUAAACGGUCAUCAGGGUUGCAGGGUAUAAUAAAAAUGUUGUGUUUCGAUAUUUGAUGUAAAAGUAUGUCCAAGACAAUAAAAGUCCGUCUGAAUCUAUAGAA